UUUACCCCAAAAACAUUGAUCGCGACGGGACAUGAAGUUGCGAUGAGUUGCCUCCCUUGAUAAACGCGAAAGUCGAUAAAACCAACACAAACAGACCGUCAGGAGUGUGUGGUGUGGCGAGCCGACUGUCUCGGGCAACAUGGCAACUUCACAGAAGUUAACAGAACACUUCCUGACAUGCACUAUAUGCACAGAGGUGUUUGGUAAUCCUUGCACCCUUGUGUGUUAUCACACCUUCUGUCGGAAAUGUGUCGUCAACUACACCAAAACCAGACCAGAAGCCAUGACUGCCAAGUCACUCAUGUGUCCAUUCUGCAAAAUGAUGACGAAAGUGUCUGCCCCUGAGAGACCAGUGGAGGAGUGGACUGAUGACAUCAAGCCUAGCUUUGUCAUCCAGGGACUCUUGGAUUCGUUUGGCCCGGGAGCUAAAGAUACAACAUACUGCCUUAGUUGUCGAAAGGAAGGGGAGACAACUCCAGCCACAGCUUGGUGCCCUGUCUGUGAUGAUGCUCUCUGUGACAAGUGUACGAGACAGCACAACAGCAGCCCAGCAACUCGUCACCAUGGUGUCACUGACUUUAUUGGAGAGGACAAAGUUGUAAACAGGCGAAAGGUCAUGUGUAAAGAACAUAAAGGCGAAAAUAUAAAAUUUAUAUGUAGAGAUUGCAAGAAAGCAGUUUGUCCAAUAUGUUGCACUCUCUACCACAGGAAGUGUCACUCGGUUAUCACCAUCGAGUCCGAUCCGGAGAUGCUGAUAAUUAAAGAGGAACUGACAAAUACGAAGGGAAAUUUAUACAGGAGAAAGGCGGAAAUGCAAUUAGAGAUGGAGAAAAAGAAAUCAAAACUGAAUGACGAAAUAACCAGGUACUCACAAAUGGAGACUGACAUCAAGUCUACAAGUAUCAAAGCUAUAGAAGAGAUCAAACAGAAGGAGGAGACACUUCUAAACCAACUGAAGGAGAUGUCGGCCAAACACACUGGCCACCUGAAAGCUGACAUAGAGUCCGACGAAAUGUCAGUACAGAUGUACCAACAACAGGCUGGACUGAUAGAACAGAUUCUACUGUCUGAGUGUGACAUGGAUGUGUAUGAGAUGUAUCAAGGAUGUGAGGUCGGAGAUGGGGAGACUGUUGGAGACGCAGGGUUGAAGAAGAGCGGACGAAUAGCCAAGAUCAAUUUGAGACAAGACAUGGAAAAACUGACUAGAGCACUAGACGAUCUACAGCUGGGUGAGAUAGACGUGCAGUAUGAGAGUGAGCUGGACCUAAAAUUGACUCCUGAAUUACAGGACACUAUUAAAGUCAGAGUACCAAGUGAUUCGGGUAAUGCAUACCCCGUUGACAUGACGGUUCUGGUGGUCAAUAGAACAGACACAGUGGUAGUCACGGACAACAACAAUAAGAGUGUGAAGUCCUUCUACACCAGAAACAAGAAGCAAGGUCACAGUAAGCUCAGUCUGAUCAGUAAACCGUGGGGCGUAACAAGGAUGAAACACAACCAGGUGGCGGUCACUCUGCCAGAUACCAGACAGAUUGUAACAGUUGAAGUCAACCCUGACCUGGAGCUGCUGUCAACCGUCACAACCAGCAAACAGUACUGGGGUAUAACGUCUCCGACACCAUCAACACUAGCAGCAGGUUCCCAGUCCCCUCCCUGUGUUGAUAUCCUGGAUAUGUCAGGACACAUGCUGAGGUCAAUCACCCCAGUACACCACGGUAACAACAUUUUAAGAUAUCCCAACUUCCUCUCCACCACGGGGACAGGAAAUAUCCUUGUGUCUGACAGUGGAACCGCGUGUGUUAUGUGCCUGACCCCCGGGGGAGAUGUGGUGUUCACCUACAGCCCUACAGGAGACACACUGACGGUGCCACGUGGUAUCUCAAGUACCAGCACAGGCGACAUCCUUGUUACAUACGACGCUCUUGACAGAGUGAUCCAUCUGACUGAGUCAGGACAGUUUGUCCGAAACAUAUUGACAUCACGGGACGGUGUUUGGUAUCCGUAUGGUUUGUGUAUAUCUGAACAGCAAAUAUACGUUUGUCAUGUUAUGACACGCGAGAUCAAGGUAUUUAAGUUUGGUUGAUGAUUUCACGAUAUAUUCAACAUGGUCAACAUUCACUGGAUAUACGUAACUGUGUAAGGCGGAACCUGAACAUUAGACAGGAAUGUAUAUUUGAAAGAUACGAAUUGUUGUCAUCCCAUGAUUGUGAACAUCAACACAGACAUACGUAUUGAACUGUUGUUGAAAUCAUACAUACUUCUUAUGCCAGUGAGCUUGUCAGAAACAUAGGCAACUGCAACAAUGAUAGGUGUAUAGUGUAAAUGCGUUUCACGAAUUCUUACACCCUCGAAGAUCCGGGGUAGAAUAGGUCUUCAGCAACCCGUAAGAAGCGACGAACGGGAUCGGGUGGUCAGGCUCGCUGACUUGGUUGAUGCGUGUCAUCGUAUCCCAAUUGUAUAAACAACAAAAAAACAAACAAACAAACAAGCAAACAAAUACUAGUUCUAAAUGUUAGUCCAUCACGUCCGUGAAAAAUUAAAAUAACUUGAACAGAAAGAAUAUUCCGGAUGUCAGGUUAUUUGUUCUCGUCAAUAUUUCACUUUCCAAAUUUCCGACUUAAGAUAGAUAACAAAGAUGUCCAAUAUGUGACGGAAGGAUAUGUUGAAGAUGACUCACUCACUUGAUCGGUAUGAAAUACAAAUCCUUAAGAAAUCGUUGUACAUCCAACACAAUGCAAUAUUUAUAUGCUACUGGCAUUUACUGAAGUUAAUUAAAUUACUCCGCUAGCAAUGUUUAUUUAUAACGUUGAGUGUAUGAGCAUGUAUGUGAUUAAAGUAUAUAGCAAUAA